AUGUACGCGGACUUGAAACGAAUCUUGAUGACCAUCCGGACAAAUCGAUAUGACACCUCAAACACCGAUAGGUUCCUCAAUUUUGGAACAGCUGGCAAGGUCAUCGCCGCGAUUCUCAGCGGGGAAGAGAAUAAGGAAAAGAAUGCGAAGAGGCUUGAAGACAAGGAGAACAGCAAGGCCCUCAAAGUAGAAACCGAGACGGUUUUGCGGAACCGGAUCAAGGCGCUGGAGACCCAGUUCGAGCUCUCUACGCUCCAGGAGCGUGGUAGAUCGCUCGCUCGAGAGACCCGUAUGAUCUUCAAGUCUCCUCGUGUUUCCGCUCUGAAGUAUCGCCGUGCUUACCGCAACUUUGUUCCUCACUCAAGCCCACACAUCGAAGAUAUACUACCCAACGCCGAGAAGGUCCUAGCUGGACAGGCCGAAUUCCAGGAUUUCGAGCAAGUUAUAUCCAGACAUAACGAGUGGAUGAUCGCCAGAAACGAUUUCUUCCAACAGGUGAACAAACUCGCCGCCCGAGUUGAAUGUUACCACUCCGAAAAGAGGAUUCAAAAUGAUCAGGAUCAGUAUGAUGAUGGUGAAGUGUCCUUGGAUCGUGGCCUCGAUACCAACGAUGAAGACUUCGAGGCCCAAAGUGACUGGACCUUGUUCGAUAUGAGAUCUCCUUUAGCUUCUAAUAUUUCGGAGGACAUCAACAUGGACUGUAUGGAUGACGCAGACGUGGACACCGACCUUGAGUUGGUUGAGUUCUGCUCCCUGAGAUACUUGCCGGUUGGCAUAAGACCCUUGAUGAGUGGAUCUGGCGAUCAUAAAUGGCCAUUUAUCUAG